AGAGAGGGAGAUAGAAAGAAACAGAGGAAGAAAAGGAGAGAGAGAAACAGAAACAGGAGAGAGAGAGAGAGAGAACACGAGCGCGCGUGUGUUUUAUUUAGUAUAGUUUAGUUAUCGUCGGAGCUCGGGCAGCAUGGCUUCCAGACCGGGGUUCCUCCCGAACAGCCCGGCGGGUCCAGGCACCGCGAACCCCGGCCCCCCGGGGCCCCCAGGCAGUGUGCGUAUGGCGGGGAUGCCGCAGAGCACGGGGGGCUAUCGGGGUCUCCCGGUCCCCACUGGACAAUACCCGCGUCCCAGCAUGCCGCCCAGUCGAAACAUGCCCAUGGGUGGGAUGGGGCCAAUGGGAUCCCCCAUGCCUGGGCCAUCCUAUGGUGGCAGCAUGCGCCCCGGCAUGCCUCAGGCAGCGCUGGACCCGGUCCGCAAGAGACUGCUCCAUCAGCAGGCAGGGGGGCUGGUGGGGCCUCGGAGAGGGAUUAAAAGACGCAAGAUGGCUGACAAAGUCCUUCCACAGAGGAUUCGAGAUCUGGUUCCAGAGUCUCAGGCUUAUAUGGAUCUCUUGGCUUUUGAGAGAAAGCUGGAUCAGACCAUUGCUCGCAAGCGCAUGGAGAUCCAAGAGGCCAUUAAGAAGCCCAUCACGCAAAAGCGCAAGCUGAGGAUCUACAUAUCCAACACCUGCACACCUGCCAAGCCAGAGGGAGAAGAGGCUGAGAAAGUGGCAUCGUGGGAACUUAGAGUGGAGGGCAAACUCCUGGAUGAUCCUGGGAAGCAGAAGAGAAAGUUCUCAUCCUUUUUCAAGAGCUUGGUCAUUGAACUCGAUAAGGAACUGUAUGGUCCAGACAAUCACCUGGUAGAGUGGCACAGGAUGCCUACCACUCAGGAGACGGAUGGUUUUCAGGUGAAAAGACCUGGAGACGUCAGUGUGAAGUGCACCCUCCUUCUAAUGCUGGACCACCAGCCUCCACAGUAUAAGCUGGAUCCACGACUGGCUCGGCUUCUGGGCGUCCACACCCAGACUAGAUCCAGCAUAAUGCAGGCUCUCUGGCUUUAUAUCAAAAACAACAAGCUACAGGACAGCCACGAAAAAGAGUACAUCAACUGCAACCGCUACUUUAGACAGAUUUUUGCAUGCCACAGAAUGAGGUUCUCUGAGAUCCCCAUGAAGCUGGCUGGACUCCUGCAGCACCCCGACCCCAUCGUCAUCAAUCAUGUCAUCAGCAGUGUGGAUCCUAACGACCAGAAAAAGACAGCUUGCUUUGAUAUUGAUGUGGAAGUGGAUGAUCCACUGAAGAGCCAGAUGACCAGCUUCCUCUCAUCUACUACUAACCAACAAGAAAUUGCUGCCCUGGAAAUGAAGAUCCAUGAGACCAUCGAGUCCAUAAAUCAGCUGAAGACCCAAAGGGACUUCAUGUUGAGCUUCAGCAACAGUCCGCAGGACUUCAUCCAGGACUGGCUCAAGUCUCAAAGCCGAGACCUCAAGCUGAUGACAGACACUGCCGGGAACCCUGAGGAGGAGAGGAGGAGCGAGUUCUACCAGGCUCCAUGGGUCCAGGAGGCUGUGGGCCGUUACGUAUUCUCCAAGGUCCAUCAGAGGAGGCAGGAGCUGGAGCAGGUACUGGGCAUUCGUCUUACCUAAGCCUGAGGCUGCGGGUAGGGAACAUCUGAGCGCUUGUCUAGGAGCUGGUGUUUGCAUCCUAAUCAACAGGAUAAGAAGGGGGAAUCACUAGAUCACUGCUGGAUCUUGCAGACUUCUCCUCGGCCAUUCAGAAAGAGGUCCAGCUGUAUGGCGCGAAAAGUCCUACUAGAAAUGCUGCAAUGGUUCAACUGGAAUGUUGUUUUUCUUUCUUUAAAAAAAAUCAUACAUAUCUUUUUAACGUAAUGUGUAACAGGUUGAAUUUACACUUACAUUUGUGCCCUUAAUUUUUUUGUAAUUUUUUUCUUGUCAUAGAUGGCAGACAGUAUUUUGCUAUAGCUCCUUUGUUAGAUCAUAUGUGCUUUCUAAAAGCAUUUGCAUUGCCUUUGGAAUUAUUCAAGUUUGCCUUUUUUUUUUUUUUUUUUGAAAGAGCUUCUGAACAUAGCAGCUCUGCAAAGCCAUAACUGCCUAUUUUUUAAUCUUUUGUAUGUUUUUCCUGCAAGAAGAACAAUGUUUUACCUAGACAGAGGCUUAGAAUAAAGUAGUGUAGAGAGUUUUACAUAGAAUGUAGACUUUUUUGUAGAUGCAGGAAUCCAUCUCCGUCGGACUCUCAGGAAAAUGAUGCUGAUCUGCGUUGAAGAGCCAUUGUUCGGUCCACUCAAGCUCGAUGGAGACGCCAGCUGUUUUGCUUCAGUUGGGUUAAGGUCCCCCACCCCUUGCCUCGUUCUCCUCAGUCAGUGUUUACAGACUGUUUUGUGUUGUUAGGGUGUUUUACUGUGACUGUGCCAGACAUAGCUGUGAGUGUGUUAUACUUGCUUUGUACCAUUGAGUAGGAUUCAAAGCCAUUUUAAAGCCAUUUUGCAGUUUGAUAAUUGAUGCCGAGAUACCGCAAUUCUGAUUCCUUCACUCUUCAAAGAAUAGUUUGGCAGAAAAUCACAUUUCUACAGUUUCCCACAUACUCCAAAUGUAGUCUAUCAGCCAAGACUGUGUGCUUCUCUCAUUUUGCACUGUAGCUACAAGAGUAAUGAUUCUGUCAAGCCAUACAAGUGGUUGCAAAUUACAGGAAUAAUUGUGUUUGGCCUAAUUCAGUAUAUUUUUAUUGAUAACAGAAUGUUACAAAGUGUUGGAGAAAGUGUCUCUUAGAGAAAGUUUCUAUAAUUUAACUUAUUUCUAUAAUCCAAUAAUGCAGGGUAGUCUUAACCACAUCACAUUUAAGUUUAAGUUAUGUUAGAAAUACCAAAUCCUUUAAACAGAAACAUUAAGCAUUAUUCACUAUUAUUCAUUAAAAUUAUAAAUGUAGCAUUUAUGUUUUUUAUGAGCCAGUCUUAAUUACGAUAACACUUCAUUUUGAUUAAAAAAAAGUGUCAUUCUCUCUCAUUUUUUCAUAAUGGUGGGUAAUAACACAUUAAUGUGUGUAAAUUACCUGUUACCAACCAUUGUUGUAUAAAAUUUUAUUUUACAGACUGGUGUCACCACAAAAGUAGCCAGUAGAGAGCAUAAACAUUUAGUGUUUUCAAACUGUCCACUUUUUGAGUAUAUUUGGCAUCUCAUAAGGGAAUUUUGGUAUGAUAUUAAUAGGAACUAAAUGACUGCAGGGCAGUUACCCCUGUGAUAUUAAUCUCAGAUCAUUUUACACCAGGUAAUUUUAGUCUGAAUAUGUUACAAAGUGUACCAAGCUGUUGUUAUGUUGCUCUUCAUAGCAUGCAGCCCUAGCUCUUUAAUUAACUACAUUAGCAUUGCAGCUCCAGUGCAAAACUUAAGAAGCAAAACUGCCAACUUACACUGAACACAACUUGGCUGAUUACAUUAUUUAGGAAAAGGUUUACACUGUGCAAAUUUGAUUUACUAUUUUAAACUAUUCUAUUGAAUUGAUGUAGAUUAAAGCCAUAUCUCUGACUUGUCUUUACAGGUAAAAGUAUAAGUCUACUCAGUGCUUAGAACAUCUUGUGCUUUUUACAUUCCAUACAGCAGUGAAGCCACUGCUGUAGUAAAUGAUUGUUAAAGAGAUUAGCUCUUCAGGUUGUUUUUGUUUUUAAUGACACGUGCACUUGGUCAUUAUUACAUUUGUUUUUGCGUGUACUUUUAAAACCCGACCUGUGAGAUUAUUGUUAUAUAAACAUUUUUUUACUGCUAGUAUUGAGAUAGGUGCCAUUGUCGAGAAGUUUCAACAUGCUCUUGUACUUUUUAUAAUCAGCUGAGUGGGGUUAAACAUUUUUUUGUAAGACAAUGAAAAUAAUUGCAUGUUCUAUUUUGUAGUUUUUAUAUCAAUCAAAUGCUACUUUUCUACUUUUUUACAGGGCUGUUGUGUUUUUGUACAAUAAAAUUGUCUGCCCACACAAAAA